CUUCCAGUGGGCAAAAUGAAAAGACUCAAUUCUCUGAUGCCGUGUUCUUGAAUGGAUGAUAUUUAUAGACUGCUGGCAAGCACAGCUUCCAAAUCUCCUAAAAGAGCAUUCGUUGUCCGUAGCCAUCGACACCACAACUCAUCCUGAUGGGUUGCCUUAACUUCACCGGCGAAAAUGAGACUUUGCCUGACAGGAACCUUUACACAGUGCAGACCUCUGUGCCUUUAACAGUCUUUGUGGGCAUCCUCAUCCUGCUAACUGUGUUUGGAAAUGUAAUGGUGGUCAUCGCUGUGACUACGAGCCGAGCCCUGAGAGCGCCACAGAACCUGUUCUUAGUCUCUUUGGCGUGUGCAGACAUUCUGGUCGCCACCUCAGUGAUGCCAUUCUCUUUAGCCAAUGAACUGAUGGGUAACUGGUACUUUGGUAAAGUGUGGUGCGAAAUCUACCUGGCUUUGGAUGUGUUCUUCUGCACCUCGUCCAUCGUUCACCUGUGUGCCAUCAGCCUGGACAGAUACUGGUCCGUCUCUCAAGCAAUCGAGUACAACCAGAGGAGGACACCGCGCAGGAUUAAAAGCACAGUCGUCAUCGUUUGGGUACUGGCGGCGAUCAUUUCAUUCCCUCCGCUCAUCACAAUGAAAAAGGACGAGGGCAAAGAAGACAGCCCUAAAUGUAAAAUCAGCGAGGAGAAAUGGUACAUCAUAUUCUCCAGCACCGCCUCUUUCUUCGCACCCUGCCUCAUCAUGAUUAUGGUGUACGUUCGAAUAUACCAGAUCGCCAAGAAAAGAACAAGAGCCCAUCCAGGUGAAAGGCAGAGAGGAUGUCACAAUCCAGAAGACACAAAGUGUGGCUCAGACCCUCUGGAGAGAAAAGGCGGUCGAGAUGUCGACGGGCUCGACGUGGAGGAAGAACCCUCGUCGUCUGAUGGGAAUGAAAGCAUCCUUUGCUUCCUGAAGAAGAGGAGGGACGUACAGACAACGAAAGUGGCCCGGGAGAAGGCUGGAGAAACCUCUCCAAAGCCAGAGCCCUGCGUGAGAGUGAGCAAGUGGACAGGACGGCAGUACAGAGAGAGGCGCUUCACAUUUGUUCUGGCUGUGGUCAUGGGAGUGUUUGUUUUUUGCUGGUUCCCCUUUUUCUUCACGUACACACUCACCGCCGUGUGUGACUCCUGCUGUGUACCAGAGACAUUAUUCAAAAUGUUCUUCUGGUUUGGUUACUGCAAUAGUUCACUAAAUCCUUUGAUAUACACGAUAUUCAAUCACGACUUCAGGAGGUUGUUUCAAAAGAUCCUUUGCAAAAGGGACAGAAGGGGUUAGCGAAUGCGAUUUUUAUCUCGGCAUUUCGAAAGCAACAUUUUGGCCAGUAAUAUACAGGCUCCUGUGUAAAUAUAACAUGAAACGAUAUGAAAAGAUAUUUAUAGAAUAUUUUAAAAAUGUGAAAUGUAGCAUGUUUUGCUUUCGCGUUUUAACAUUUGAAUGUGCUUCCAAAUCGGUAGAUGUUUGUAACAUUAAAUCACGCGACAAAGAUUUAAUGUGCACUUUGUUUAACAGCUGGUGUUACACUGUGACAACCCGGGAGUUCACAUUGCACAUGUGUGACAACAUGCACGAUACAUUUUCUACACGUAUGUGUUCAUUUGUAACCGCGGUUGAAUGUAUCAGAUAUCAUCUCUCUUGUGCACUGAUUCUUUAGACUUUAAAAGGCUAUAAAGAAUGAUCGAUUUAAUAAUGAUAAUAAUGUGUGUAACAUAAAGGCAGACCACUCGGGCUCAAGUCACAGACUAGAACACUUCAUUCAUCAACCUUUCCAAUUGAUAGACCAUAUUCUAGAGGAAGAAACAUGAUACUCAGGUUGGUUGUGCCAUCUGCUACAAAUACUGCAAUCCACUGAAAGGUAAAUAUAAGGAAAAUAGUCUGGAAACAAACGGGCCAGUGAUUUCAUUAAGAUGGAAAGCUCCAUCAUGUUCUCAUGACAGUAAUUAUCCUGCAGGAGGAAUGCCAAAAAGAUGAAUAUUAUUCAUAAAGUAUGCCCCUCUUGCUCUGUAAUUGGACAUAACAAUGAAACAUUUAGGAACGUCGAUUAUUGUAAAUGUUACAGUAUUGCCAAAUUGAAGAAAACUAUCACCUCUUGUCAGAUCCUAGUGCAAUAACUGUAAUAAUAACUUCAUAUUUACACUAUGUUGAUCUGCACUUCACACAUUUCAUUUAUUUACACUACACACAUACACACACUUUGCAUUUGGCACACUCUGUCUAUAUUUAAUAUUUUUAUAUUGAAUUUAAUUUUACACUGCAGUCAUUAGUAUUGUAUUGUAUUUGUGUAUGCAUAUGUGUUGUAUAUAUAUAUACAUAUA